GUGAUCGAUGCCAGCGAGAGACCCAUGGACCUCCACGUGGAUAUCUGCGUGGUAUGGAUGGCGAACGAUCUAGUCGGCGCACGAGGGGUGUUCGUGGAUCCCAAUUUGCCGUCGUGGAGGCAGACUGUCGAAAACGCCAGUGCCCUUGGCAUCUGGUCCGACAUCGCUUCCCGGGUAUGCGGGGAAAUCGGACGUCUAGCCGCCUUGAAAGGCAGGCCGUGUGUCAACUCUGUGCAAAUCCUGGGAGACGCGGCGCCCAUCGAUUAUAACCUCCCGCUUGAAUACAGGGAGGCUAUCCGCAUGUUCUUCUCCUAUGCACGCGGUCGGGGGAUCCAUACGGGGAGUAUCGAGACUGCUGUCGCCGAGAUUCCCAAAUACGAUGGCUACCACUUCCGCGAAGACAGCACUUAUCGUUCCGCCCUCACCAACAUCCUCGUCAACAGGAUCCGGUUGGUUCAGGUCGAGUGCACCUUCGCGCAGCUUCCCGAGGAGGACUAUCUGCGGCUCAUGGCUGAGUACCCGCAGGCCGAGAUGAAGGAGGCGCGUGAACAGUGCCCAGACUCUUGGGAACAGUCAUGGAUUCCCGAGCCGGAGGAGCCUGUUACAGGUAUGAAGGAGAUGGAUGUUCCGGCAGAGCUGCGGGACUGGCACUUCGGAGUCCAGCGUGGCAUUGAGUCGCGACAGGCUGGAUACGCCGCUGGCCAAUCCCGCCCAGCAUCAGCUGUGGCCGCAUCCUCCUCUGCCUUGACCCCGCCAAUGGUGACUGCAUCCUUCGAUGAGGUGAUCGACGCCAUCCCGUACAGAACCGAGGCCAGCCGGACAUUCUCGGCAACCAAGGCCGCUCGCAAGGCCGAGCCAGCUACGGAGGAGGCAAGCUCAUCUACAGCCCCGCCCAGCGGUGGCCGAAGGUCGCAUGUCAAUCCCAAUGACCUCGUGGGGUACAAGGUUUCGGACGAUAACGACCUCAAUGAAAUGCUUGGAGUAAGCGACAGUGAGUUCUCCAGGAUGGGGAAGUGGAUCAGGGUAGAGGAACUUCUGUUUCUUUUGAAACGCAAGCACAAUGUUGAGAUCGGCCACCGAAUGUUCCAAGCUGUGGUGGCGUACGACAACAAGUGCAGGUUCCUCAUCGCCGGCCACUCUGAGGAUCCCCGCGGUGAGUUCAUGGACGCCGGUGUGUGGCCGAUCUGGGUGUCCGCAAGUCAUGGCCAUAGCGCCCGCAUUCAAAGUGAGAUCGACGAUGCCUCUAUCGCUACGAUGUGGCUCGAUCCCAGAAGGCGGGGCAUCGACAGGAUUCCAGCCGCCUACAAAGGCAGGCCAUUCCUUUGUCGAGGCGAUGCGGACUUCCCCAACAGGCUUUAUCACCGCACCACCCAUGACGCGGCGUUCCGCAUCCUCGAGGACGGGCUAGUGCCGGGCUUUCGCAAUUCAGGAAAGUACCAUUGCUACUUCGCGAAGGCGACUUUGGCUGAACUUGGAAACAAAGCCGGCGUACGAGCCAACCUUGAUGUGGAAUUGGUCUUCGACACAAUCGAAGUGCUCAAGCACGCAUACUUGUUCGAGACAGAAUCCGAAGGUGUCUUGUGCAAGGAGCGAGUCCCUGGAGAGUGUGUGCUCUACGUCAGGGACGCUCGAACAAAUGAGACACUUUGGACGCGGCCGUCUCCUGGUGAUGAAGACGUCGAGAUCAUUGUGGAGAUCGCUGGCGAGACCACAAUGGAAGACGACGACGAGCCAGCAGACCUCUUCACCUUCCCCGAACCGGCCGAGCCGGAGGNNGUGCACGAGCCGGAGGCCGAAGCCGCGACCAUGGACGCUGAUGAAGAUCCAGCCCCACUUAGUGGAGGCCACGGAUAUGAGCAAGAAGAAGAAGUACCCGACACUUCGGACGCUCCAAUGCCUGCGAUCCUCGAUACAACAGCUGCCGAUGUUCUCCCAGAAGAGACGGCCUUGUUGGGAGAGGAUGAUGGGGCUGGCAUUGGAACAAUCACACCUCCUGAGCCAAAGGAGGAAUCGCCGCAGUAUGACUUCCCGGAGCCUGAGCCGGAUGCGGCAGAGCACCACACGGCCGAGCCAGAUGCACCCAUGGCUCUCGUCGACAUCAAGGUGGAGGCAGCAGUAGAGGUGGAAGAGGCCGUUGCAUCAAGUGCAGAGCAUGUCACGCGACCUGCGAACAAGAUGCCUACGGAGCCGCCGCACGUCAUCCUGCCACCUCCA